UUAUGCUACCUAAAAGAGAAAAACGAGAUUAAGAAAUCAAAAACGAAAAAAAACUGAAGAAAAAAAAUAGAAGAGAGAAAAAAAGAAAGGAAAAGAAAACUAGGGUUUAUUUCUGAAAUUCAAUUUCAUUAAGGGUUUAUUUUAGAAAUCAAUUUCAUUAAAUUAAGUGCCAAGGAUUCCUAUUUAAAUAUGCCUCAUGUUCCAACUAGGAAGCAUGUUCCUGGGAAUAAAAAGCGUAAAAAAGAGAAAGCCAUGGCAGCAGUCACAAAGUCCCAAGAAGGAGACAUAAAUAAAUAUUUUCAACCCAUUGCAGCCACAAAUGAUGCACCUGGAGAUGAAACUAUGACUGCUAAUAAUGGUAAUGGUGGAAAUGGAAGUACAAACGAGAAUGAUGCAACGCCAAAUCCUAAUGAUUUGGUCGAUAAUGAUAAUGAUGGGGUUGGGGUACAAAACGAUGAAGUCGAUGAUGAGUAUCAACCUUUAGAUAUUGAUGAUCCAGGGAAUUGGGAUGUUAUUGAUCAAGCUUUGAGAGAUAAGUUGGUCCAAAAAGGCCCGGUAAGAGUUUCAAAAUAUGAAUUUCCUAGAGAUAAAGUAAGUAGGAGACGUUUUUCUAAUUACUAUUAUGAUCAAACUCUUGUUAAUGGUGAAAAGUGUGAUAGAAGUUGGUUAAUAUAUUCAAUAACCAAAAACAAAGUUUAUUGUUUUUGUUGCAAGUUGUUUAGUAAUCGCAGAAGUGAUAAGCAGUUAGCUUGCGAAGGUUUUCAAGAUUGGGGAAAUUUAAGUACAAAGCUUAAGGAACAUGAAAUUUGUGAUCAGCACUACAGAUGUAUGCUAAAAUGGACUGAAUUGGAGAUGAGAUUGAGAAAGGUACAAACCAUUGACAAAGGUAUGCAAGAACUGAUCAAAACAGAAAAAGAACACUGGAGGAAAGUAUUAGAGAGGAUAGUUAGCCUUGUAAGAACUUUAUCAAGAAGAAGUUUAGCAUUUCAUGGAGAUAAUGAAAAGAUUGGUCAACCAAACAAUGGAAACUUUUUGGGAUUCAUUGAAUGGGCUGCUGAAUUCGAUGAGGUAAUGAAAAUGCAUCUUCAUCGUAUACAAAAUAAUGAAAUUCAUUAUCAUUAUCUUAGUUACAAGAUUCAAAAUGAGUUCAUAUUGAGGUUGGCCAAUGAAACAAAAAGUAUGAUUCUUAAGAAGAUACGAGAAGCUAAAUAUUUUUCUGUUAUACUGGAUUGUACUCCGGAUGUUAGUCAUGAAGAACAAAUGACUCUUGUGAUUAGAUGUGUGGAUACUUCUAGUACUCCAGUAAAAGUGCAAGAGUUCUUCUUAGGGUUCUUAAAGGUGGAUGACUCAACUGGUCAAGGCCUUUUUCGCGUGCUUCAAGAUACAUUGAGCGAUCUUCAGCUUGACAUUGGUAACGUAAGAGGCCAAGGAUAUGACAACGGUUCCAAUAUGAAAGGAUUGCGUAAAGGUGUACAAAAAAAGAUGCUUCAGGUAAACCCUAGAGCAUUUUACAUUCCAUGCGGUUGUCAUAGCCUUAAUCUUACUAUCAGCGAUAUGGUCAAGUGUAGCCCUUAUGGAGGUACUUUUUUGGUGCACUUCAAAGUAUUUAUGUGAUAUUUUCAGCUUCUCCAAAGCGGUGGAAAGUUUUCAAGGAUAAGAUGAAAGGUUCAAAGGGAAUUACAUUGAAAAAAUUGUCUCAAACAAGGUGGGAGAGUCGAGUGGAAAGUGUUAAAGCAGUACGACAACAAGCCCCACAAAUUCGAGAAGCUCUAGCGUAUUUAACAGAGAAUUGUGAAGAAGAAAAGGUGAGGCAUGAUGCUGAGAACAGUAUUGAAGGAAACAUGGAGAAUUUUGAGUUCUUGCUUAGUAUGGUUAUCUGGCAUAAUGUUUUAUUCGUUGUAAAUGUCGUAAGAAAAACACUUCAAGGGAAAGAUAUCGACAUAAAUGAUGUUGUUCAGAAAUUAAAAGGACUUAUAUCUUUUCUGGAAUCAUACAGGGACAAUGGGUUUGAAAAAGACUUGGAUGAAUCUAGAGUUAUUGCAACACAGAUGGGCAUUGAACCCGAGUUCCGAAUUAAGCGUUUUAUUUAUAAAAAGACGCCAUUCGGUGAGCCAAAAAAUGUGGAAGUACGUCAAUCACCUGAAGAAUCAUUUAGGGCUAAUUUUUUCAUAUACAUAAUGGAUCAAGCUCUUUUCUCUGUGAGGACUCGGUUUGAGCAGUUUCAAAUUUAUGAAGAAAAGUUUGGGUUCUUAUUUGAUAUGCAAAAGUUAACUCUUAUGGAUGAUCGGAAAUUGUUGAGUUUAUGUACUGAGCUUGAAAGUUAUCUGAAAGACGGAACAUCAAGUGAUAUCGACGGAGCAUACUUGUUUAGUGAAUUAAUGGUGAUGUCUUGUAUGUUACCGAAUGAGGUAAGAAAACCCAUUGAAGUGCUGGAAGAUUUGAAGAAUAUGGUUGGUUUAUUUCCAAAUGCGUGGGUAGCCUACAGAAUUUUGUUAACUAUACCGGUAACUGUUGCAACGGCGGAGAGAGUGUUUUCUAAAUUCAAGUUGAUCAAAAAUUAUCUUCGAUCUUCUAUGUCGCAAGAAAGAUUAAACGGGUUGGCUAUGUUGUCUAUCGAACACGUAAUGUCAGCAAAUAUAGACUAUGGAUCGCUUAUACAUGAUUUUGCAUGUGAAAACGUACGAAGAGAAUCGAUUUUCGAGUGAUAAUGUUGAACUUUUUCUAGUCAAUAACAUGUAACUUUGGCGACAAUGAGUAAACUACUUAAUAUUAUUUUUUGUUCUUA